AUAUACUUUCGACUAUACAAUGAACCAUUACAGCAUUAACAGGUCACAUGAGCAGCAUUACUAUUAUGAUCAGGGGCGGACUGACAACUCAUGGGGCCCCCUGGCAAUAGGGGAUCAUGGGGCCCCUGUGUCCUUGCCCAAACUCAAAAAAGCCUAUGCAAAAGGUACCAGGGGCAUCUCAUGGGGCCCACUACUGACCCUGGGCCCCCAGGUAGUGCCCGAGUUUCCAAAUGGUCAGUCCACCCCUGAU